AUGGUUGAUAAAGAAACUUCAACAGAUUCCAGCCAUUGGUCCCCUCAAUACAACUAUCAGACAAUCAGAAACCAUACCAACUUCGCUGACUUCCUGCUCCUGGGCUUCUCUAAACACCCAGAGCAGCUGCCCCUCCUGUUUGGGCUCUUCCUGGGCAUGUACCUGGUGACCGUGUUGGGGAACCUGCUCAUCAUCCUGGCCAUAGUUGCGGACCAGCACCUCCACACCCCCAUGUACUUCUUCCUGGCCAACCUGUCCCUCAUCGAUACCUGCUUCUCCUGCACCAUUGUCCCCAAGGUGCUGGUGAACAUCCUCACACACCACCACACCAUCUCUCACACUGGGUGCCUCGUGCAGAUGUACUUCUUCAUGGCACUGGCCCUGCUGGAUGACUUCCUGCUGGCCGUGAUGGCCUAUGACCGCUACGUGGCCAUCUGUCUUCCUCUCCACUACACCACGAUCAUGUGCCCCCAACGCUGCCUGCUGCUGGUCGCCGCACCCUGGCUCUGCGCCCACCUCCUGGCCUUCUCCCUCACCCUCCUCAUGUCUCGGUUCUCCUUCUGUGCCUCCCAUUCCAUCCCACACUUUUUCUGUGACCUUCUCCCUCUCCUCAAACUUGCCUGCUCAGACACCCAGAUCUUUCAGGCCAUGAUGUUUGCUGAAGCAGCCCUCUCGGGUGCGGUCCCUCUCGCCUGCGUCCUGGUCUCUUAUGCCCACAUCAUGCACACCAUCCUCAGGGUCCCCUCGGCUGGGAGGAAGCACAAAAUCUUCUCGACCUGUGGCUCUCACCUGACAGUGGUCACUCUCUUCUAUGGGACGCUCUUUCUGGUGUAUUUCCAGCCCUCAUCCUCCUACUCAGCAGACACUGGAAUGGUAGCAUCUGUGGUAUACACGAUGGUCACCCCCAUGCUAAACCCCUUCAUCUACAGCCUGAGGAACAGGGACAUAAAGGGGGCUCUGUGGAGGCUCUCAGGCUGGAGAAGAUGA